AUGACGUGUUUUUUCCUGAUGCUGUUGAUAGCCAGUUCUAUUGCUGCUGUUCCUCUGGAAAACCUGAGUCAAGAUGACAUCUUGACGAUGACUUCCGAAAAUCUUACAACAGCACCAAGUCCAACAGAGGCAAAGUCUCGGUUUGCCAUGCUAGACGACGUCCGUCUUCUUGCAAAUGGCCUCCUUCAACUGGGCCAAAGCUUACGGGAGUUUGUCCACAAGACCAAGAACCAAAUCAAUGAUAUUUUCCAAAAAUUGAAUAUUUUUGACAAAUCGUUUAACCACCUUUCAGUGGUCACAUCAGAAAUCAAGGAGGAAGAGGAGGAACUGAAGAGGACAACAAGUGUAUUGAAGACAAACAAUGAGGAGAUCAAGAACCUGUCUUUGGAAAUCAAUGCUAAGAUCAAUAACAUUGUGCAGGAGCGUGCACAGCUGCAGAACAAGGUGGGAAGUCUUGAGGAGAGGUUAAUGGGACUGUCAGAGCACAUGAUCCCUGCUGACCAGCACAAAGAAAUUACAACACUCAAGGGGGUGAUUGAAACUCAAGAGAAAGCAAUCACAAAUCUACUGAAAGCUGUGCAGGAGCAGCAUGAGCAGCUAGACUAUCAGAAAAUCAAAAUUAAAAAUAUGGAGGACAAGCUCAACGCUGACACUUUACAAGACACAGCUGAUAAGAUAAUGGAUUUAGAGACAGCACCAGAUGUCUUUGCGUAUCUGACAAGAAAUGUGUCUGAAAAUGAUUUGCCCGUUGACUGCACUGAAUUAUUUGAAAGAAAAGAGAACAGGAGUGGAAUCUACAUCAUAAAGCCACACGAAUCUGAGCCUUUCUAUGCUUACUGUGAAAUGGGUUCUGAUGGAGGUUUAACAGUGAUCCAACGGAGGGUUGAUGGGUCAGUGGAUUUUGACCAGACAUGGGAGAAAUAUGAGAAUGGCUUUGGAGAGCUAGAAAACGACUUUUGGUUGGGUCUAAAGAAGAUCCAUAGCAUUACACAACAAGGAUUGUACAUCUUGAGAAUUGAUAUGGAGGACUGGAAAGAGGAUAAACAUUGGGCUGAGUACCAUUUCUCGCUAGAUGGUCCCUCUGAGAAUUAUGCACUCAAUCUUAGCAACUACUCCGGUGACUUGAUUGAUGCCAUGGCCAAUAGUUCCAGUAAAAGAUUCUCCACCAAAGACCAAAAAAAUGGCAACCCACAAGUCUCUAACUGUGCACGUAAUUACACAGGUGGUUGGUGGUUUGCUGGGUGUGGCGAGAACAACCUUAAUGGAAGGUAUCUAUGGGUUAAAGCUAAGGGACGUGCUGCAAGAAGGAGGGGCCUUCACUGGAAGCCUGGCAACGGGGCAGCUUAUUCCCUUAAAAUGACCAAGUUUUCUGUACGUUCAGUCACAAAUGCUGAAGGUCUCAAAUGA